GGUACUUAACCGCUUCAUCUUACAUCCGAACAACACGACCUCUGUCCUCAUCGCCGGUUUCCCUUCAGCCUUUUCUUCAACAUAAACAAACCUUUCGCCGCUUAUCAAAAUGGAUCGCAUCAAGGAGAAAAUGAACCAGCUCCGUCUGGAGGCCGACGAGGCCAGCGGCAAGGUUGAGGAGCUCCAGAGCAAGGUUAAGGUUCUCGAGCAAGAGAACCUGUCAAAGGAGCAGGAAAUCACUUCCCUCCAGCACAAGAACAACCUCCUCGAGGGCGAGGUCGAGAAGCUUGAGAACGCUGUAAAGGACUUCAAGAAGGCCGCCGACGAGGGCCAGCAGCACGGCACUCAGAACGAAACCCUUCAGCGAAGGCUGCAACUCCUCGAGGAGGAGGCCGAGGAUGCCGACAAGACACUCCGUGAGGCCAACGAGAAGCUCCGACAGACCGACGUCAAGGCCGGACACUUCGAGCGAAAGGUGCAAGCCCUUGAGAACGAGCGUGAUCAGUGGGAGUCCAAGUACGAGGAGAUGUCGCAGAAGUACAACGCCCUCCAGAAGGAGCUGGAGGAGCUCCAGGCCGAGAUUGGCAACAUCUAAUUUAUCCUCAAGCUUUAAAGCACUCGCGCCGGAUGCAGGAUUCAUGUUCGUUAGCAUGUCCUCAGACAUCAGUAUACUCGUCCAGUUGUAUGAUGCCUUGGUUGCAGGUAUUUCCAGGUGUUGGCCAGAUGAGCGAAUGGAGCAGUUGCCGCAUGUCAUGUUACGUUUCUACUACUAGCUGAUUGAAGCUGGCUUUUCUCAAAGGGUAUCUUUUGUAAAUGGUGCGCUUCUUACAUCCUUCUAUGUUGUCCAAGUCCAUUGAGCUCCGACGUACUUUAUCAUGCUCUCCUUUUUGCCUUCUUGAUUCUCUGCUUCUUAUCCGUCAACUGCCUCUCGAACUUGGUCUCGUAUCGGAACUUCUUCUUCUUUUUCUUGGGUUCCCGUCGU